AUGUCAGGCACACAGAUUGCCACUGUAGCAGCCGGCUGCUUCUGGGGCGUUGAGCACUUGUACCGCAAGAAUUUCGGCAACGGCAAAGGCCUCCUUGAUGCCAAGGUCGGCUACUGCGGUGGCGCAACUUCAUCGCCAUCGUACCGAGCUGUCUGCUCCGGUUCAACUGGCCAUGCCGAAGCCCUGCAGAUAACCUUUGAUCCCUCAAUUGUGACCUACCGCCAGCUCCUCGAAUUCUUCUACCGUAUGCACGACCCCACAACAGAGAACCGGCAGGGUCCGGAUGUUGGCACACAAUACCGCAGUGCGAUCUUUACGCAUGGGGAAGAGCAACAGAAAAUCGCGGAGAAAAUUACAGAAAAAGUCAGCAAGGAGUGGUAUAAAACGCCGCUUUCUACCAAGGUCCUGCCGGCAGGCCAAUGGUGGGAUGCGGAGCAAUAUCACCAGCUAUACCUUGAGCAUAACCCUGCUGGGUAUGAGUGUCCUGCUCAUUUCAUCCGACCUUUCCCUCCUUUGUCGGAUUGA